AUAUUAUAACGAACUCCGGAUAGGACUCUGUUCGUUCGAUCACAGUGGAGCAUUAUGGCGUGUGCUAGUAUGCGCCACUGGUGCAGCAUUAGGGUUCCGACGGUGGCUUCCGCCAGUCUACAACCGGAAACUGCCAAUUCUAGGGUUCUAGUUCUCGGAGGAACCGGUAGAGUUGGUGGUUCCACCGCCAUCGCUCUCUCCAAGCUUUCCCCUGACCUCCGCAUCGUCAUUGCUGGUCGUAACAGGGAAAAAGGUGCUAGUAUGGUGGCUACACUCGGGAAUAAUGCUGAGUUUGCAGAAGUUGAUAUAAACGACGCUAAAUCACUGGACUCCGCUUUGACUGAUGUCGAUCUUGUGGUACACGCUGCAGGGCCAUUUCAACAAACAGAAAAUUGCACAGUUCUCGAAGCUGCCAUACGGGCCAAGACCGCAUAUCUGGAUGUGUGUGAUGAUACAAGUUAUGCAUUGCGUGCAAAGUCAUUUAUGAACGAAGCAUUGGCCGCAAAAGUUCCCGCAAUAACUACCGGUGGAAUCUAUCCAGGCGUGAGCAAUUUGAUGGCAGCAGAGCUGGUACGUGUUGCAAAAAGCGAAAGUAAGGGUGAGCCUGAACGGCUGAGAUUCUACUACUACACAGCAGGAACCGGUGGUGCGGGCCCGACAAUAUUAGCCACUAGUUUUCUACUUCUUGGAGAGGAGGUUACUGCAUAUAACAAAGGAGAGAAAAUCAAAUUAAGACCGUAUAGCGGAAUGCUCAACAUUGACUUUGGGAAAGGAAUUGGGAAAAAAGACGUGUAUCUAUUGAACUUGCCAGAAGUGACAAGUGCACAUGAGGUCCUUGGAGUUCCAACCGUUAGUGCUCGAUUUGGAACUGCACCGUUUAUCUGGAAUUGGGCCAUGGAUGCAAUGACUCGUUUCCUUCCUUCUGAAGUCCUAAGAGACAGAAGCAAAGUACAAGAGAUGGUUCGGUUGUUUGAUCCAGUAGUUCGCGUCAUUGAUGGCUAUGCUGGAGAGCGCGUCUCAUUAAGAGUUGAUUUGGAGUGUUCAGGAGGACGACAAACAAUCGGUGUUUUCAGUCAUAGAAGCCUAUCUAUAUCAGUUGGUUAUUCGGUAGCUGCAUUUGCUCUUGCUGUUCUUGAGGGUAACACGCAACCAGGCGUAUGGUUUCCAGAACAGCCGGAAGGUAUUGCCGUUGAAGCUCGGGAACUUCUCCUUGAACGUGCUGCACAAGGAACAAUUAAUUUCGUAAUGCACAAGGCUCCAUGGAUGGUGGAAACAAAUCCAAAGUUGGUUGGCCUUGGAAUAUAUGUGUAAUAUUUCAACCAAUAUACUACACACUGUAAUGAAGACUGAAGUACUAGUUGCACAGAAAGUCGGAAAGCAUACUAUUAUGAUAUAUUGCUAUUUGUUCACUACCAAUAUUCAUUGGCAAAAUUACUGCUUCGAAAUGUAAAAUAAAACUUCUCUUCUGUUCC